AUGUCAGAGUACAGUGACUUCACUCUGAUUAAGCCCAGCAGCACCUCUGACUUUAAGGAGGUCAUCAGUGUCCUGGACGCGUCUCUGCCAGACAGCACGUGGACCUUUGAGAGUCAGCAGAUCGUGGUCCAGGCCAAGGACCAGGGCUCUCCGAGCCUCAGCAGCAACGCCACAGUCCAUGUGUUUAUCCUGGACCUGAACGACAACGCCCCCGCUGUCAUCUACCCCUCCUCCGCGGGCCUGGGCUCCCUCUCUCUCCAGAGGAUGCCCCGCUCCGCUAAAGCGGCUCACCUGGUCACAAAGGUGACGGCCGUGGACGCAGACUCGGGCCAUAACGCAUGGAUCUCGUACAAAGUGGCGGAGGCCACGGACGCGUCUCUGUUCACUGUGAACCAGUACACAGGGGAGGUGAGGACUAAACGCGCUGUGGCCGAGCAGGACGACUCCUCUCAGAGGCUGCUCAUAGAGAUCAGGGACGACGGGGACCCGGUGCAGUCCGCCACCGUCACGGUGUCCAUCCUGAUGGAGGACGGUCUGCACGAGCCCAUCCUGGACAUCAGGCACAAAGCAGCGGAGUCCAGCGGGAAAACUGGCCGCCUCGCUCUCUACCUGAUCCUGUCUCUGGCCUCUGUGUCCGUGCUGUCUCUGGUGACGUUUCUCAUCUUAGCGGUGAAAUGUGUGAAGAGCAGCAGGGGCAGCUGCUGCGUCAGACACAGUGACUGUGAUGAUUACAAGAACCCCAACAGAAACUUGCAGAUCCAGCUCAACACUGACGGCCCUAUAAAGUAUGUGGAGGUCCUGGGGGGAGACAUGAUGUCCCAGAGCCAGUCGUUCAGGUCCUGCAUGUCUCCAAUGUCAGAGUACAGUGACUUCACUCUGAUUAAGCCCAGCAGCACCUCUGACUUUAAGGAGGUCAUCAGUGUCCUGGACGCGUCUCUGCCAGACAGCACGUGGACCUUUGAGAGUCAGCAGAUCAUGGUCCAGGCCAAGGACCAGGGCUCUCCGAGCCUCAGCAGCAACGCCACAGUCCAUGUGUUUAUCCUGGACCUGAACGACAACGCCCCCGCUGUCAUCUACCCCUCCUCCGCGGGCCUGGGCUCCCUCUCUCUCCAGAGGAUGCCCCGCUCCGCUAAAGCGGCUCACCUGGUCACAAAGGUGACGGCCGUGGACGCAGACUCGGGCCAUAACGCAUGGAUCUCGUACAAAGUGGCGGAGGCCACGGACGCGUCUCUGUUCACUGUGAACCAGUACACAGGGGAGGUGAGGACUAAACGCGCUGUGGUCGAGCAGGACGACUCCUCUCAGAGGCUGCUCAUAGAGAUCAGGGACGACGGGGACCCGGUGCAGUCCGCCACCGUCACGGUGUCCAUCCUGAUGGAGGACGGUCUGCACGAGCCCAUCCUGGACAUCAGGCACAAAGCAGCAGAGUCCAGCGGGAAAACUGGCCGCCUCGCUCUCUACCUGAUCCUGUCUCUGGCCUCUGUGUCCGUGCUGUCUCUGGUGACGUUUCUCAUCUUAGCGGUGAAAUGUGUGAAGAGCAGCAGGGGCAGCUGCUGCGUCAGACACAGUGACUGUGAUGAUUACAAGAACCCCAACAGAAACCUGCAGAUCCAGCUCAACACUGACGGCCCUAUAAAGUAUGUUGAGGUCCUGGGGGGAGACAUGAUGUCCCAGAGCCAGUCGUUCAGGUCCUGCAUGUCUCCAAUGUCAGAGUACAGUGACUUCACUCUGAUUAAGCCCAGCAGCACCUCUGACUUUAAGGAGGUCAUCAGUGUCCUGGACGCGUCUCUGCCAGACAGCACGUGGACCUUUGAGAGUCAGCAGAUCAUGGUCCAGGCCAAGGACCAGGGCUCUCCGAGCCUCAGCAGCAACGCCACAGUCCAUGUGUUUAUCCUGGACCUGAACGACAACGCCCCCGCUGUCAUCUACCCCUCCUCCGCGGGCCUGGGCUCCCUCUCUCUCCAGAGGAUGCCCCGCUCCGCUAAAGCGGCUCACCUGGUCACAAAGGUGACGGCCGUGGACGCAGACUCGGGCCAUAACGCGUGGAUCUCGUACAAAGUGGCGGAGGCCACGGACGCGUCUCUGUUCACUGUGAACCAGUACACAGGGGAGGUGAGGACUAAACGCGCUGUGGUCGAGCAGGACGACUCCUCUCAGAGGCUGCUCAUAGAGAUCAGGGACGACGGGGACCCGGUGCAGUCCGCCACCGUCACGGUGUCCAUCCUGAUGGAGGACGGUCUGCACGAGCCCAUCCUGGACAUCAGGCACAAAGCAGCGGAGUCCAGCGGGAAAACUGGCCGCCUCGCUCUCUACCUGAUCCUGUCUCUGGCCUCUGUGUCCGUGCUGUCUCUGGUGACGUUUCUCAUCUUAGCGGUGAAAUGUGUGAAGAGCAGCAGGGGCAGCUGCUGCGUCAGACACAGUGACUGUGAUGAUUACAAGAACCCCAACAGAAACCUGCAGAUCCAGCUCAACACUGACGGCCCUAUAAAGUAUGUAGAGGUCCUGGGGGGAGACAUGAUGUCCCAGAGCCAGUCGUUCAGGUCCUGCAUGUCUCCAAUGUCAGAGUACAGUGACUUCACUCUGAUUAAGCCCAGCAGCACCUCUGACUUUAAGGAGGUCAUCAGUGUCCUGGACGCGUCUCUGCCAGACAGCACGUGGACCUUUGAGAGUCAGCAGAUCAUGGUCCAGGCCAAGGACCAGGGCUCUCCGAGCCUCAGCAGCAACGCCACAGUCCAUGUGUUUAUCCUGGACCUGAACGACAACGCCCCCGCUGUCAUCUACCCCUCCUCCGCGGGCCUGGGCUCCCUCUCUCUCCAGAGGAUGCCCCGCACCGCUAAAGCGGCUCACCUGGUCACAAAGGUGACGGCCGUGGACGCAGACUCGGGCCAUAACGCGUGGAUCUCGUACAAAGUGGCGGAGGCCACGGACGCGUCUCUGUUCACUGUGAACCAGUACACAGGGGAGGUGAGGACUAAACGCGCUGUGGUCGAGCAGGACGACUCCUCUCAGAGGCUGCUCAUAGAGAUCAGGGACGACGGGGACCCGGUGCAGUCCGCCACCGUCACGGUGUCCAUCCUGAUGGAGGACGGUCUGCACGAGCCCAUCCUGGACAUCAGGCACAAAGCAGCGGAGUCCAGCGGGAAAACUGGCCGCCUCGCUCUCUACCUGAUCCUGUCUCUGGCCUCUGUGUCCGUGCUGUCUCUGGUGACGUUUCUCAUCUUAGCGGUGAAAUGUGUGAAGAGCAGCAGGGGCAGCUGCUGCGUCAGACACAGUGACUGUGAUGAUUACAAGAACCCCAACAGAAACCUGCAGAUCCAGCUCAACACUGAUGGCCCUAUAAAGUAUGUGGAGGUCCUGGGGGGAGACAUGAUGUCCCAGAGCCAGUCGUUCAGGUCCUGCAUGUCUCCAAUGUCAGAGUACAGUGACUUCACUCUGAUUAAGCCCAGCAGCACCUCUGACUUUAAGGAGGUCAUCAGUGUCCUGGACGCGUCUCUGCCAGACAGCACGUGGACCUUUGAGAGUCAGCAGGCCAAGGACCAGGGCUCUCCGAGCCUCAGCAGCAACGCCACAGUCCACGUGUUUAUCCUGGACCUGAACGACAACGCCCCCGCUGUCAUCUACCCCUCCUCCGCGGGCCUGGGCUCCCUCUCUCUCCAGAGGAUGCCCCGCUCCGCUAAAGCGGCUCACCUGGUCACAAAGGUGACGGCCGUGGACGCAGACUCGGGCCAUAACGCGUGGAUCUCGUACAAAGUGGCGGAGGCCACGGACGCGUCUCUGUUCACUGUGAACCAGUACACAGGGGAGGUGAGGACUAAACGCGCUGUGGUCGAGCAGGACGACUCCUCUCAGAGGCUGCUCAUAGAGAUCAGGGACGACGGGGACCCGGUGCAGUCCGCCACCGUCACGGUGUCCAUCCUGAUGGAGGACGGUCUGCACGAGCCCAUCCUGGACAUCAGGCACAAAGCAGCGGAGUCCAGCGGGAAAACUGGCCGCCUCGCUCUCUACCUGAUCCUGUCUCUGGCCUCUGUGUCCGUGCUGUCUCUGGUGACGUUUCUCAUCUUAGCGGUGAAAUGUGUGAAGAGCAGCAGGGGCAGCUGCUGCGUCAGACACAGUGACUGUGAUGAUUACAAGAACCCCAACAGAAACUUGCAGAUCCAGCUCAACACUGACGGCCCUAUAAAGUAUGUUGAGGUCCUGGGGGGAGACAUGAUGUCCCAGAGUCAGUCGUUCAGGUCCUGCAUGUCUCCAAUGUCAGAGUACAGUGACUUCACUCUGAUUAAGCCCAGCAGCACCUCUGACUUUAAGGAGGUCAUCAGUGUCCUGGACGCGUCUCUGCCAGACAGCACGUGGACCUUUGAGAGUCAGCAGGUGAGAACAUAG